UAUAGUAAUUAAACAUUGAUCAUGCUCUACAUAAUAAAAUACAAAAUAAAUGGUAUGAAUUUGUAAUGUUAUCUAUUAAGGAAUCUAUAAAAUGUGUCAUUUAUAACUGUAUAUAAUACUUCCUAAUAGGUAGGUAGGUACUAAAGAAAAAACGAAUCUAUUAAACAAGAAGCGUCCACACACUUGGAAAUGUUUUUUUGUGAUUGUUACUGCUAAACAACUAAAAUGUUUACAAUUGUUCAGUAUUUAGUUCAAAGUGAAUUUAAUAGCUAGAUACAUAAAUAGCUACCAUAAUUUACUCGUGUGCAUCAUAAAGCAAAACAAUACCUGUCGGAAUAUCAUGGUCUUUAAAAAGGAAGAAUUCAAAAACGGAAAAAGUACACUGUGGCUCAUGGGCGCUGAACUUUCAACGGCGGUUGCCUAUAACGAAGGACGUUUGAGCUUUCAGUUUCAGUAGCAUUCCGUCAUUUGUGCCGAGAGUAGCGACUCUGUUAAUACGCAAAAUAAUAAGUAAUAGUACAAUUAUUUAAUUGUUUUAUUUUGGUGAUUUUAUAAAUGUGAUUAUUUACACAGUGAUAGGAGCUACUAUGUGUGAUGUCAAAAACUUGGAUUAUUAAAAAAAUUAAAUAUCUCCAAAAUGAACUGAUUUACGUUUUCAAUAAUAUGCAAGUCUAAAAAAAAUGUGUAUUCGUUAUGGAUAAAGGGAUUUAGAAUUGGACGAUUAUAUUUCUACAAAAAUAAUUGAAUAUUAAGUCCAAAAUAAUGUCGACUGAUAUAAAUGGAAAUUUAGAAGACGAAAUAAGCCUAACUGACAGGUUUGUAAAAUACUAUCCGUUAGCUGUUGUAUGUCUCGGAAGCUUGGGAAAUUGUAUAUCAGUAUUAGUGUUUUUUGGAACAAAAUUACGAAAACAAUCGUCAUCAUAUUAUUUAUCUUCGUUAGCAAUCAGUGACACAUUAUUUUUACUAAUACAACUGAUGCCUGUACUACCCAAAGUUGGAAUCGGGAUAUACCAUAUGCAAGGUUUUUGUCAAUUUUUCGUCUACUUGGCCCAGAUAUGUAGUUUUAUUAGCGUGUGGCUAGUUGUAGUGUUUACAUCAGAACGUUUUAUUGCUGUUCGGUAUCCAUUACACAGAUCAGUGAUAUGCACAGUAUACCGAGCUAAAAUUGUACUAAGCAUAUUAAUCACAUUUGCAUUAAUAGUACAUAUACCAUAUUUAGUGAUUUCAGGACCUAACGACACACUCUCAGCAAAUAACUCAACAACGACAGAAUGUAGCUUGAACUUUUCGUGGUACGAAUUAUAUACGUGGCUAAACUAUGCAGACGUGUUGAUGAACAUGAUGAUACCAUUUUUCCUGAUCGUAAUAUUCAAUAGCAUGAUUUGCCAAUCUGUGUGCCGGUUAGCCAGAAUAAGACGAACAAUGACACUUCACCCAUCUAGACGAAGACAAUCUACGUCCCAAAACUCGCAACACACAUCUCAAAUAAAAGUUACAGAAAUGCUUUUAGUCGUGUCUACAGUUUUCUUAUGUCUUAACCUACCAUCAUACGUAUUCCGAGUAUGGAUGGUAUGGGACAAUAUAACAUCAGAAAAGUACAAAACUAUACAAAUCAUUGCAAACCAAAUGUACAACACACAUUUUGGAAUAAAUUUCGUACUGUAUUGUGUAAGUGGCCAAAAUUUUCGAAGAGCUUUGGUUGAACUUUGGAAUAAAAGAAGACAUUCCAAUAAAAGAUCAAAGGAAACUCAGGUUACAACAGUAUUAUCAGAAUUUUCAAAAAGCGGGGUUGGAUCAAAACAAACUACAGUCAACGGAACUUGGAAAGAAGUUCAUGAACUCAUACCAAUUGCACACAGUUAAUGUCUUAAAGAUUAACUCAUUGCUUAAUAUAAUGUACAUAUAUGGCUAUAUAAUAUACAUUGUAUACAGUAAUUAUGUUGUAAGAAAUAGUUGGGAAUAAAAAGGGUAGUACAUGAAAAAAUUCUCCUCCAAAUCAAUUCCAAACCACCCCAAAAAAAAUCAAUUCAUGAAUAGGUGAGUGUGUUAAUAAUUAUAAUUAUUAUUUGAUGUAAAUAUAGUAAUGAAAACUUACAGCGCAACACUAAACUAAAAUAUUUGUUACAACAAAUAAAUAAAUAAUUAUUAAUUUUCUUUUGAAAUAACAAUAAGCGAUAUUAAAGUGUUUUUAAUAUGGAUUUAUUAAAAUUCAUUCAAUAAAAUGAUUAAAGCAUAUUAGUACUGACAACGCGACAUUAUAAACAUGGCAAUUCAAUACGAAAAUUUAAUUUAUCAAUAUUCAGACUUUUUUAAUGGUUGAUUGGAACUGUAUUUCGUAACUUGUUUAGAUUUUAAAAAACUGUACAAUAUAUUGUAAAAUAUCGAUCCUUAGAAUUUACUAUUUAAAUAUAAUAUGUUAAUAGUUAAAUUCCUUUCUAUCAAUAAAUACUCUCAAUCUGCGCCUGUUAAAAAUAAGCAUUAUAAUAAUAUAAUAUGUAUAUUUAAUGUACUAUAAAACAAAAAGGUUAGUCAAAUGUUUAAUAAAUAAAAGCCUAUAUGUUUUUGAAGAAUGGUUGAUAUUUUACAUGUCUACUUAUAGUAAUAUUGUGUUUUAGAAGUACCUAAAUAAAAAAACGCACAAUUUAAUAAGUACGUAAUACUGUAUUGGCUUUGAUAAUAUAAUAAAAAUAUCUGUAAAAAUAAGUAUUUUGUAGUAAUUAAAAUAUAACGA